UAAUAUACUUUAUUUCUCACUUGACCUUAAAUAAAAUAGGCUUAUUUUUACGAGGUAGUUAUCUAUUGUGUGUAAAGGUAAAAAAUACUUUUUUAUGAAUUAAAAUAACAUCAUUUGCGUCUAUGAAGUACAAUUACAAUAUUUAUUUCAAAAAUUGUGCUUGAAGUAAUAACAUUUUUUAUAAGUACCCUUCCUACUUUAAGAAAAUAAGUUUUCCACCUACCUCUACCGAAAGUAUACUUUUCCGGACCUGAUUGUAGGGAGCAAAGUUGUACUUUUCCUCCCUAGGGAGGAAAAUAUUUUUCCUCCCUAGGGAGGAAAAGUAAAAGUGACGUCACGGUAUUUCAUUCAUGAAAUAUAACUUAUUGACGCCCUGUACAAUAUCUAUUUUCUAUUACGUAAGUACCUAUACAUUUUAACGUUUAUUUAAAAACACUCUAUAUUUUGCAGAAUGGUAAAAAACAGUAAAUUGUUAUUCUGAUUUAACAAUGUUUACAUUAAUAAUUUGACUUUUAUUUGACAGUUGACAGUUAUAUUGUACCUACUAAUUAGUUUUAGUUCUAAUAAAUUUUGUUGGUUAGUUACAUAAAUAAAUUAAGUAAAAAUGAAAAAAUUACUUGUUAUUUGAGGAAGGUGGAAAAACCAUAUGUAUAACAUGGGAGUAAAGUGCCUUUUCCUCCCUUGAAUGAUUACUGCCCUCCGCUACGCGUCGGGCAGUAAACUUCAUUCUCGGGAGGAAAAGAAGCACUUUCCUCCCUUGUUAUACAAAUAGCUAUAUUCCUGUAUCGCAGUUGAGAUAUUCAACUGUGCAAGGUAGGUAUUUUAAUCUACAAAUUUUAAUUAACUUAGAUGAAUUUUUUACUUCUCUAAAAGGUUUUAAAAAUAUUUUUCAAUGCAACUAAAUUAUCCAUUUGGUCUUAUUCUGUCCAUUUAUCGGCCUACUCCCCGGUUAAAUGCGUUAAUUUAUUUGACACCUAACACUUAGCUGAUUGAAUGCAUCAAUUUAAUUAGCCUACUGUAUUUGUAGAAAAAUGGACAUAAGGAAGUUCUUUAACAAGCCAAACAAGCGGCUGAAAAUUGAUGAUGGAUCUGACAUACCGAACAGUACCGAAAACAGUACUAUAGUAUGCAGUCAAAAUGAUUUAGCUGUAGCAGGGCCAUCUAGCUUGGAGUCAGCUGUAUCCGCCUCUCAAAGAGAAACUAACGUUGUAACGGCCACCGCAUCGGAUAAUUUUGCGAUUGUUGAAGACAGUUUAAAUUUGGAUGUUGGGAACUACCUUGAUACUAAUAAAAUUUGUAGCUUGAACGAUCGCUUGAAAUUUACUUUGUUAACAAACCCAUGGAAGCCAGAUAAAUGUUACAAUUUCAAGUAUGAUAUUGACGAUGGCAAACGACCAUUUAUCCAUGAAUGGUUAAAUACGUACCCCUGGUUAGCUUAUUCAAAAGAAGUUAAAGGUGGGCUAUGCAAGUUGUGUGUACUGUUUAGGCCCCGCGUAACCCACGGUAGUUAUCAAAGCGGCUUUAUAAAUCGCCCAUUCACCAAUUUCAGAAAGUUUCAUGAAAAUGCGAAAUCGCAUAUGAACUCUGAAUGGCACAGACAAGCAUCUGAAAACUCAAGUAACUUUAUAUCUGUCAUGAAAAAUGAAAAGAAAAAUGUUGACUGUCUUGCAAAUUAUGGUUUGGCCAAGCAAAUUGAAUCGAACAGAGCGAAACUAAAAUCCAUUGUUUCUUCAAUUUUGUUUAGUGCACUACAUGACUUACCAUUAAGAGGUCAUACCAAUGAGGAUGCUGUGUUCAAUAACCUUUUACAUUUUAGGAAAGAAGCUGGUGAUUCUGUUUUAGAAGACCAUCUGAAAAAUGCGCCGAAAAAUGCAAUGUACAUUUCCCAUAGGACACAAAAUGAGAUCAUUGAUUUAUGUGCAACGGUUUUAAGAGACGAGUUAGUUACAAAAAUCAAUGAUAAUGAAAUAUUUUCCAUUUUAGCAGACGAAACAAUGGACAUUACUGGUACAGAGCAACUCUCUCUGGGCGUGAGAUAUUUUAAUAAAAGUGAAAAUUGCAUCAGAGAAGACUUCCUUGGUUUCACCCCAUUAAAAAGUUUAGAUGCUGAACAUAUAGCAAAUGCUAUUACUUUAACAUUAACAAAUUGGGGCUUGAACUUGGAAAAUGCAGUUGGCCAAGGAUAUGAUGGUUGUAGUACAAUGGCUGGGGAAAUAACUGGAGUACAUAAAAGAAUAACUGAGAAAUACCCAAAAGCUCUAUAUUUUCAUUGCGCCAGUCAUCGGCUAAAUUUAGUAGUCAAUGAUUUAAAUGACAUACCACAAAUCAGGAAUACAACUGGCACAGUUAAAGAAGUUAUAACAUUUUUUCGGCAGAAUGGCCAAAGAAGGGCAAUAGUGGGAACUCUUCAAAAACUAUGUGAAACCAGAUGGACCGAAAAAUAUAAAGCAAUUCGAAAGUUUAGUGAGCAGUUUGUUAGCAUCGCUGAAGCACUUCAGACUCUAUCGACUGAAGGUAACCGUGACACAAGGCAGAAAGCUUUCCAGCUUCAUUGCGCAGUUACAAAUACAGCAUUUGUGAUAUGUCUACAUGUGAUUGCCAAAUACUCUGCCAAGUUAGAAAUCGUUACGCAAAUGUUACAAGGUGUCAGUGUAGAUAUUUUGAAGAUAUCCAAACACAUUCAGAAGGUUACUGAGCUAUUCAGUUCAGACCGACAAAAUGGAGAAAAAGAGUUUGAUAACAUUAUGGCAAAUGUUGAAACAACAGCAAACAAGCUUGGAAUCGAGCUCACAUGUCCUCGUGUUGCUGCGAGACAGGUUCACAGACCAAAUCACUCUACCCAGACUAUCAACGAAUACUAUAGAAAGUCCAUUUUCUUGCCUUAUUUGGAUUCUUUGGUUCAAUCGUUGAAAGAUAGGUUUUCAGAUAGAAACAAACCAUCAUUUGAAAUUUUCAAUCUGCACCCUAAAAUCAUGAAAGAUCUUUCUAAGGAAGAUUUUGAAAAGUCUAUUAACAAUAUAAAAAGCACGUAUUGUGAAUUGUUAGACAACUUUAAGGAGCAAUCAAUUCUGUGGUUCGACCUUUGGAAAAACACGGAGAUAGAUGCCAAAGCCUUGGAAAAACUGAACUUAAUAGAGGAUCUUGAGCAUGAGCAUGCCUGCUUUUUGCCGUCAGUAGCAAAAGCCAUCCAAAUAGCUCUUUGUCUGCCACCAACAACUUGCACCAUCGAGCGAUCAUUCAGCACUCUCAAACGUGUGAAGACCUGGAUAAGGAAUACGAUGUCGAACAAUCGUCUAAGUGGGCUAUGCCUGUUAUCUGUACACAGAAGAAAAAUAAAAGAAAAUAAAGAAAACUUCAUGCAGAAAGUAAUUGAUUUAUUUGCGAUGGACACCAGAAGAAUUCAAUUAUUAUUUAAGUAACAUUUUACUGACACUAACCGUGUUGCGUUUUAAACAGCAAAACAAUUUUUCUUGUA